UAGCAGACCACGACAGUUGAGUGUAAUAUAAACAAAGAGGCGAACAAAAUCGUCAGUUGGUAAAUGGUAAUAACUAUUUAAAAAAUCAAAACUUGCACAUUUAGAGGCACAACGAAAUAAAAUAUACAGCCUACACUUUUUCCACGUCCGAGUUGAAACCAUGGAGAAUGCCGAAGAGCUGGUCUAUUUGGCAGUUAGUAAUGGUGAAUGGAUGGAUGAAAAAACGUUGCAAUUGAUCAAAAGUGUUGAUAUCAACAAGCUGUGCAGAUCUGGAAUGACAAUUCUUGGGCGGGCUGCACAGCUAGGUCUGUUUUUGUUUGUAAAACAAGUUUUACAUAGCUCCCUACAAUACAAAGCUCACUUUCCAUUAACCAAGUGUCGUGGACAUAGAAGACCUCACCAUCACUCCAGUGGGAGUGUUACCAGGAAGCAUCCAGGAACUUCAUCUUCUGAAGAUGAUGAUUUCUUUGAUGGAAGAUGCACUUCCUUAUGCAAAUUAAUGGAAGCACCUUUGGGAAUAGGGAUGGACCCAAUUAUUUGUGAUGUGAAUGUAUCAGAUUCUUAUGGAAGAACAGCAUUGCAUUAUGCAGCAGAACAGGGACAUGCUGAUAUUAUUGAUGUGCUUCUGGUAGCUGGAUCUUUUGUGAAUGCGAUGGACUUUGAAGGAAUGACUCCGUUGUAUCUUGCGUCAGCACGCGGGAAUUUAGAAGCCGUCCAGGCGUUAGUUCAGCAUUCAGCAAACAUUAAUUUAAGGGCCACUGAUAAAUCAACACCUUUGCAUUCCGCUGCAAGCAGAGGGCAACUGGAAAUUCUUCGGAUUUUAAUCAAUCACGGCUCUAAAGUUGACACCCUGGAUUACUCCGAUCGAAGUCCUUUGUACGUGGCCGCUCAGCGUGGUCAUAAAGACGUUGUUGAAGUUCUUUUACUAAAAGGGGCCAAGGUUAAUUUGGAAGAAAUUCAUGGAUACACGGCAUUGUGUGAAGCUGUUUGGCAGAAUAAUACCGACAUGGCUGAAUUACUUGUUAGCCGAGGGGCUCGUGUGACCACGCAGUCUCACAUGUUGCUCCACUGCGCUGUAACACAGGGAAACACUGCCAUGGCUAAAUUGUUAUUGAACGCCAGAAGCGUUCCUAACCUUCGCGAUGAUCAUGGCAACACGCCUCUACUUUUGGCUGCAAAACAGGGUCAUCUAGCGAUGGUUGAGCUCUUGCUAGAGCACGGAGCUAACCCAAACUAUCCCAACGCACUAAGCGGUGUCCACCCAAUCCAUGAAGCUGCCCAAUCCAUGAGUGAUGAAGACGUGAAUAUUUUCGAUCAGAUUCUGGAAACUUUGCAGAAGUAUGGCGGUCGUUUAAACAUCGAGAGUUUUACUCCUGGUGAUACCCCUUUGCUACGUGCCGUCGUACAUCAUCACCCUGAACUAGCAACGGCUUUGUUUUCACGUGGUGCCGAUCCCAAUCUCAGUUCACUCUAUUCAUGUCCUGUUGACAUCCUAACAUUAGCCAUUCGAAAUGGUUACACUAGUUUUGCUAAAGCACUUGUUCGCGGGGGUUUAGAUUUCAACCGAAUUCGUGUUGAGCCCGACAGUACCAACCAUUGGCUAGUCCAGUAUAAAUCUAGUCCUCAGCCGCUACUAGAUUCUUGCAGACUAGUUAUCAGACGUCAACUUGGCGAAUUUGUUACGCAAAAAAUCGCAAAUUCUGCACUACCCGAACAUUUGAAAAGAACUAUAUUGUUAAAGGAAUGCGUUCGAUAAAGUUUAUCAUUAUUAUUGUCAACUUAUAUAUAUUUGGGUUGCCGCGUCAUAUUAAGGUAAUCCAAACUGAAUAUUUUGGUUGAAUUUCGAGCAUCCGUCUCCCAAAAGUAAGCUGCGAGAUUUAUUGAUGUUUUUCUUUAUUGAUAUGUAAAGGAUAAAACUUUUUUAUCAUACAUAAUCUUCGUGUAUUUCCAGAUCUGAUAAAAGGGUCACCAAAAAUUAAUCUCACUUAAAACUGUAGCCUCGACUCGCAAUUCACAUAGCUUCCAAGUCACACAUGCAUGAGCAAUUUUGGUUGAUCUGUUUUCUUAAUCACAUUUUUUGCGCAAAGGAAGAUGCAUUAUGCAUUUGUACAUUCUGUGUUCUUACACCACACCAAAAUUAUGACAUUCCGUGUCUCGUGAUAGGAAAUGA